GCCCAGAACUCUCAGUCUCCUUUUCGGCACUUUCAAAGCUUCGCCAAAACAACGGUUAAACCAACCUCAGCUCAGCAGCCUCAUUAGUCAUUGCUACAAUUUACGCACUACACUGCCAUUGCCAAACUUCGAUUUCAUCGAAAGCCCCAGCAAUAAAUACGGCGCUGCCCCCAUUCACGUUUCUUUGGCACUCUCCUUCUCACAAUCACUCACGCUUUCUUCGUUUUUAUCGUCUGCCUCCUUCCCUCAAGAAUCUCGAGUUUGGUAAAUCAGUCUAAGGGGAAUGGCUGCAAAUACAACUGCUGGCUCUCAAAUUGCAGUUCCAAAGCCCUGCAUUUCUGCAUCUCAAAGAAUUUUGAAGUCAAGCAUUGCAAAUUUUGGUAAUGAAACUAAAGGCGAGUCUUGGACAAAGCUCAAGUGCACAUCUCACAUCUCAUCAACAUGGUCUUUCUACCAAAAGCUUAAUUCCAGUCCCCUGAAAUAUCAGAGAGUUGUUACAAAAGCAAUGUCUGCAACAAGUGAUAAAGAGCCUCUACCAGGGUUGUCAAUUGACUUGAGAGGAAAGAGAGCAUUCAUAGCUGGUGUAGCUGAUGACAAUGGAUAUGGAUGGGCAAUAGCAAAAUCUCUUGCAGCUGCUGGUGCUGAAAUCCUCGUCGGAACAUGGGUGCCUGCACUGAAUAUUUUUGAGACAAGUUUGCGUCGUGGGAAAUUUGACGAAUCUCGUGUGCUGCCAGAUGGUUCUCUGAUGGAAAUCACAAAAGUUUACCCACUUGAUGCUGUUUAUGAUAGUCCUGAGGAUGUCCCUGAAGAUGUAAAAUCAAACAAACGCUAUGCUGGCUCUACAAACUGGACAGUUAAGGAAGUUGCUGAGUGUGUGAAACAUGACUUUGGAACGAUAGACAUCCUUGUACAUUCACUUGCUAAUGGUCCCGAGGUUAGCAAGCUCCUCCUGGAGACAUCAAGAAAUGGGUAUCUUGCUGCCAUAUCGGCAUCAAGUUAUUCCUUUGUAUCUUUACUUAAGCAUUUUGUGCCCAUAAUGAAUCCAGGUGGUGCUACAAUUUCUCUAACAUACAUUGCUUCUGAACGCAUAAUACCAGGGUAUGGAGGAGGUAUGAGUUCAGCCAAGGCUGCUCUGGAAAGUGAUACGAGGGUGCUGGCUUUUGAAGCUGGUAGAAAACACAGAGUCAGAGUCAACACGAUAUCUGCAGGUCCACUAAGAAGUCGCGCUGCUAAAGCCAUUGGUUUCAUCGAUAUGAUGAUUGAUUAUUCAUUGGAAAAUGCACCCUUGCAAAAGGAAUUAUCUGCUGAGGAGGUUGGCAAUGCUGCUGCUUUUCUUGCAUCACCAUUGGCUUCAGCUGUCACUGGUGCUGUAAUUUAUGUUGACAACGGCCUAAAUGCAAUGGGUGUAGGAGUUGAUAGUCCAGUUUUUAAAGAUCUUGACAUCCCAAAAGACAAUAAUAAAAGCUAGAUGAUUUGCUUGCUUUGGCGACUAGUGUCCGGUGAUCAAAUUGAGAAUAAUGGUUCUUUAGUCAAUUGCUAUCAGGAAGACGCCUGCUGGGCUUUCCAUUUUGAUGCGAGGAAAGUGUACUUCGUUUUCAUAGAAACGGGUUUAGCAUUGGAAUUGUGAUGUAUGGCAAUCUUAUAACUUCUUGUGGAGCCUUGUUAUUUCCAA